GAAAAUUUAUCCAUUAGAGAGUAAAGACUCACUCACCCUUCUUUUUCUUUAUAGAGAAAGCAUUACUUCACCUUACACUAUAAAGAGUAUUUGCUAACUAAUGAAAUAGUAAACAAACAAUAUAUGAUUUAACUAUAGGACACAAGAGACAGACACACAGUUGUGACACAACACUAACAAUAAAAUAUUCAACACAAAGAAAGAAAGAAAAAAGAAGACAUAGUCUUUUGUGUUAUAAAAAUGGACACAAACCAAAGAAGCUAUUAUGUCUUGUGAUUCACAGAUUCCAACAAACGCCGUUUCAUUUCCUUACUUACACAAAGAAAGAGAAACUGUGUCUUAAAGGUUCUGUAACGUUUCAUAACAGACACGAUUUUAAAAGCUGCUUCAAUUGUCCUCAUAAAGUUCAAUCAUUCAAUUGUGUAACCAGAACAUGAUGAUGUAUAGUACUGUUUCUGUAACCAUGUAGUAAUGGUUGUGAUAAUGAUGAUAAAGACUCAUAUUUGAUCAGAUUGGUGAAAACUGAAAAGUGAUAAGUGAAAAGCUUCUGGUUUUUUAGAUUGCAAUGAUGUUGAAUUCUAGUGGAGAAGAUGAAUUGUAUGAACAAUUAUGGAAGGCUUGUGCAGGUCCUCAUGUUGAAGUUCCUCGUACAGGACAAAUGGUUUACUAUUUUCCUCAAGGACACAUGGAACAAUUAGAAGUAUCAACAAAUCAAGAACUAAAUCAAAGGAUUCCAUUGUUCAAACUUCCCAACAAGAUCCUUUGUCGUGUUGUCAAUGUUCAUUUACUGGCUGAACAAGAAACAGAUGAGGUUUAUGCACAGAUAACUCUGGUUCCAGAAUCUAAUCAAACUGAGCCUACAAGCCUUGAUCCUUGUCCUGCUGAACCUCCAAGACCGAAAAUUCACUCCUUCUCCAAGGUCUUAACUAACUCUGAUACAAGUACUCAUGGUGGCUUUUCUGUUCUAAGGAAGCAUGCCACAGAAUGUCUUCCUCCAUUGGAUUUGUCCCAAUCUACUCCAACACAGGAAUUGGUUGCUAGGGACCUUCACAAUUAUGAAUGGCACUUUAAGCAUAUAUUUAGAGGUCAACCACGUAGACACUUGCUCACAACUGGAUGGAGUACUUUUGUGACUUCCAAGAGAUUAGUCGCUGGAGAUACAUUUGUGUUUCUGAGAGGGGAAAACGGAGAAUUACGCGUUGGAGUGAGGCAUCUUGCUUCUCCACAGAGUUGCAUGCCUUCAUCUGUGAUUUCUGGUCAGAGCAUGCACCUUGGAGUCCUUGCAACUGCAUCUCAUGCUGUUGCAACACAAACUCUUUUUGUGGUAUACUAUAAGCCCAGGAUGAGCCAGUUCAUUAUAAGUGUGAAUAAGUAUAUGGAAGCUAUCAACCAAAAAUAUAGUGUUGGCAUGAGGUUCAAGAUGAGUUUUGAUGGGGAUGAUUCCUCUGAGACUGACAAAAGAUUUUCUGGCACAAUAGUUGGACAAGAGGAUAUUUCUUCGCACUGGUUGAAUUCAAAAUGGAGAUCACUCAAGGUUCAAUGGGAUGACGCUGCAUCUAUUCCAAGACCUGAUAGAAUUUCACCAUGGGAGAUAGAACCCCUUCUGGCUUCGGUUCCUAUAUCUCCUCCACCUGCUGCUGUAAAAUAUAAAAGGCCUAGACUACCUAGUGAAGUUCCCGAUCUUGGUGACACAGCACCAGGUGACUCUACUUACUGGGAAGCUGGGUUGACACAAUCAGACGUAACACAAGUUAAUAUUAUGUCGGAAAUCCAAAGGAGUGAAAGUAUGCAUAUGUGGCAUCAUAAGCUAACUGAUAAUAGCAGCUGCAAUGGUAAAUCAAGGAAUCCAACAGACGGAAGUUGGCUAUCUUCUCCUCAUUCUAGUGGUCCUUCUCAUUUGUGUCAGGACACAACCGACGAUAGCAAGAGUGUCAAUGUCUCAGCUUGGCCUAUUUCAAAAACUCACUCAGAAAUAUUGAACAACAAUGAUCAUUUGAUUGACAAAGUUGACAAGGAGAACAAAGUAGAGCCUGCUACAAGCUGUAGAUUGUUUGGGGUUUAUCUUAAUGAUAGCAGCAGGAACUCUCAGAAGGCAUCUGAAUAUGCAGAAAAUGUAUUUGGAGUCCCUUCUCAGGGAUGUGUUGCCGCUCCCUUGUCAAGAACUGAUACAGACCAAAAUAACUUUGAUAUCUCAAAGUCUUCAAAAGAAAGGAAACAAGAACCGUUACAAAUAUCUCCAAAUGAAACACAAAGCAAGCAAAUCAAUAGCAGAAGUUGCACCAAGGUUCAAAUGCAGGGUGUUGCAGUGGGUCGUGCGGUGGACUUGACCGCGUUGCAUGGAUACGGUGAACUUAUUGAUGAAUUGGAGAAGCUGUUUGACAUAAAGGGACACAUCAAACCUAGGAACAAGUGGGAAAUUGUCUUCACUGAUGAUGAAGGAGAUAUGAUGCUUGUUGGUGAUGAUCCAUGGCCGGAAUUUUGCAAUAUGGUGAAAAGAAUCUUCAUUUGUUCUAGCCAAGAUGUACACAAAAUGAGCACAGGAACCAAAUUACCUAUCUCAUCAAUAGAAGAGACUGUAAUAAGCUCAGACACAGCUGAGACAUGAAAAAAUUACUGUCUUUUUAAUAAAACGUUUUGUUAGUCUUUAAUGUUGCUGUUUCUUGUUUGAGUUAAUGAAAGCUAGUCCAUUCUUGGCUAGACAAGUUCCAUGCUAUUAGAUGUGAAACAUUGACUAAUUGUAGAAACUCAACAAUUGGAAAAAACAUGUUUUAAUAAAUUAAGUAGGUGAGAGGGGAGAAAUAAUUGGAUUGUGGAUAUGUGAAUACAUCUGUGUUAAUGCAUGUGUGAAUAAUGCUUAAUGUGCUAGUCUUGGCAAUUUAAUUCCAA